AGCCCAUCGUCAUCUCCAACGAAGAAUUUGAUCGAUCGAAGCUGAAAAAAGAGAAAAAAAAAUGGACUUUUAAAUAACCCUAAUAGCCAUUUCCGUCGCACUCGCAACCUCACUUGUCCAAUUUUCAAGCGCUCAAUCAAAUUCCACUUCACCUUUCAGGAUCUGAUUCUUUCAUCCCACAAGUUUCUUCCUCGACUCAUUCUCUCUAGCCUUCAGUUCUGAUCAAGUGGAAGGAUUUUGAUUGAUUGUUAAAGUUGAAAUAUUUUGUUGAGAUGGAGGAUAACAAUAGUUCUCCAGGAUCUCCUAAGGAAAACCCAGAUCAGGAAAAUGAAGCAGGAAAAGUUACCAAGGACGAUGGCUCAUUGGAGAACAUGGUUAGGAGGAUUCAAGAUUCUAUGUCCAUUGGCAAAAGGCACAAAUUCUGGGAGACUCAACCUGUUGGACAAUUUAAGGACAUUGGGGAUUCUAGUUUGUCUGAUGGGCCAAUUGAGCCACCAACUCCAUUAUCUGAGAUUAAACAAGAGCCUUAUAAUCUUCCUAAUUCCUAUGAAUGGACAACUUGUGAUAUGGACUCUGAAGAGACUUGUUUGGAGGUGUACAAUCUCUUGAAGAAUAAUUAUGUUGAAGAUGAUGAAAACUUGUUCAGAUUUAACUAUUCCAAGGAAUUUCUUGGUUGGGCUUUGAGACCUCCAGGGUACUACCCAAGCUGGCAUAUUGGAGUUCGUGCUAAAGCUUCUAAGAAGUUGGUUGCUUUCAUCAGUGGUGUGCCUGCUAGAAUCCGGGCACGCAAUGAUGUUGUGAAGAUGGCAGAGAUCAAUUUCUUGUGUGUUCACAAGAAACUUAGAUCCAAGAGACUUGCACCCGUUAUGAUCAAAGAGGUUACAAGGAGGGUUCACCUGGAAAAUAUAUUUCAAGCAGCUUAUACAGCUGGGGUAGUUCUUCCUACCCCAAUAACUACUUGCCAAUAUUGGCACAGAUCUUUAAACCCAAAGAAGCUAAUUGAUGUUGGGUUUUCAAGGCUUGGGGCAAGGAUGACAAUGAGUCGAACCAUUAAACUUUAUAAGUUACCAGAUUCACCAGCUACCCCUGGAUUUCGAAAAAUGGAACUUCGUGAUGUCCCUGCUGUUACUAGGCUGCUUAGAAACUACUUGAGCCAGUUUGUUGUUGCCCCAGAUUUUGAUGAAACCGACGUAGAGCAUUGGCUACUUCCCAAGGAGAGUGUCGUCGACAGUUUCUUGGUUGAGAGUCCCGAAACUCAUGAAGUCACUGACUUCUGCAGCUUCUAUACUCUUCCUUCAUCAAUUCUUGGAAACCAGACAUACUCGACUUUGAAGGCAGCUUAUUCAUAUUACAACGUCUCCACCAAAACUCCAUUGUUACAGUUGAUGAAUGAUGCUCUUAUUGUUGCAAAACAGAGAGACUUUGAUGUUUUCAAUGCAUUGGAUGUCAUGGAGAAUGAAUCCUUCCUGAAGGAACUAAAAUUUGGUCCAGGUGAUGGGCAACUUCACUAUUACCUGUAUAAUUAUCGGAUUCGAGACGCAUUGAAACCAAGUGAACUUGGCCUUGUACUGCUAUAGUUGGAGGGAUUUGUUACUGUUUUGGUUUGAUACUGUGAACCAGAAUAAUUGGUCGUUUUCUAUUGGUGGCUAGGGUUUGAUGAUGCAUUUUUCUUUGUUUUGUUCUUCUGUGUCAACAGCAAAGCACUAAGCACUAAAACAUCAAGAGUACGAGAGAAAAAAAAAAAAACUUUGCCGGAUAAUGUAAAAUGUUAUGCAGAUUUUUCACUCUGUUGGCUUUCUAAUUUCUGUAGAAUUUUCUCCUUUUUUUUCUCUUUUUUUUUUUCUCUUUCUUUUUUGGCCCCAUCCUUCAGGGAUUUGAAGGUGCAGCCAGUUUGUAUUAUGGAAUUGCAUACAUUUUUCUACACUUGUAUGGCCCCAUCAAUGCUUAUUCCUUGUCCAUUGGUAUGAUAAACUAGCCAUUCUCA